AUGAAGUUACUGAUCAUUGCCAUUAGUGCCGUUGGUCUUUUUUCGCUGCCAGUAACUGCCAGAGAUAAACCGAAGCAAUGGACCCCCGAUGACCCUUGUCCAACUUCAAUCAACGCUGUGUUAUCUCCAUACAGCACCUACGGACGUGUCCAUGAAGCAUUGCAAGUAUGCCCUAACAUUACCGAGUUACAUAUGACGACCAUAUUUCCCAAAGACUUCAAUGGUGAAGACCGGCUACCUUUCAAACUCGACGGCAGUGAACGAUACAUCGCAAGGCCACAGAUUCUGUCCCUCACAGACUACAAUUUCGAUCAUGAUGAGUGGUCUCAUAUAAGGCCCAAAGGAGAUCACUGGACGGGCGAGAAUGGCACAUGGCCUGUGUCUUCUUCAACCAACCCAAUCGUCAUGUGGACUGUAGAUAUGUACUACAAAGCUAGAUGGCAAUGGGAAUGUCUGCAAGCUUUCGUGGAACAUCUAGCUUCCUUCCCGCGGCCAAAUUACCAACUUGUCCACAUGUAUCAAGGACAUCACAAAAUGUGGUAUUCACAGAGACAUACUCCAGCUGAGAGAAGAUCUCUGGAAAAUAUUCAGCGCUGGCUGGAAGCCAUGGACUUUUCCCACGUACAUACAUUGGCAAUCGCCGAGUAUGAUAGGAUACCAAGAGGAAAGGGCCUCUACGAAAGUCUUCCUCACGCACUCACCAGGCUGAAGACACUAAAGAUCCAGGGCGAAUGGAUACAGUACAUGACCGGAUUCGACAUCAAUAACGAUUAUUUAUACCAGCAUGCGGAUGACCGGCUCCGCAGGAACAGAUAUCCGGAGGCCACGCUGUUCCCGGCACGAGAUUUCAUAACAGCAGUACAUCCACGACUGGAGAGCCUUACUUGGACCAAGAGUGGAACUGUGAGAGAUGACGUUCUUGAGUCCGUAUUGAAGCAUCACGGAUCUUCGCUCAAGCAUCUAGAAUGGACAACUACAGAGUUGAAGUGGUCGAGCUUUUCAGUAGAACAGAUACGAAGUUUGGGCAAAUGGGCUCCGGGACUAACAAACUUGACCAUUGACUUGGAUCGGGUUGAUGGCGUGUGGCCAUGGAAGCACCUCAAAGCUGUCGCUGAGAGCCUACCCAAGUUGGCCAACCUGACCAUAUAUCUCAAUAUGUACGACGAGACAUCAAACUUUGAACUUGACAAUGAGGAGUUCCGCCCAGCGAAGCCUCCAUUAACAAAAGAGGCUUCACUCGACAUGUUCAACAUUCUCAACCUCUUUAAGGUUGGCGAUAAGCUUCAGAAUGUCGAGUUUAGGCAGGGAGACUGGGACGGAUACAUUGGACAAUAUAAGAAAUGGGAAGGGGAAUUUCUGAUCGAAGGGCCUAGAAUGUGGACUAAAUGUGCUUUGGAGAUGCGACGAGGAGUAUUGAAGCCGACAUGUGAGGAGGGGCACGAGAACAAAGUCUACUCUAGAAGGGAGUAG